AUGUUCGGUACAAGUCGCCCACAGCACUUCUGUGGCUGUUGGUACGCAAUCAAGGCCUCGAACAACUGGAACGUGGAAAGAAAAUAUCUCCCACAAGUCCAGCUUUCAUCGUCAACAACCAUUCUUGCCACCACCUCAAGAACAACAUUGAGACAGACCUUUAUCAAUGAUGGCUCCACAAAACUUGAACAAGUCCAGUACACAUUCCCUCUAUAUGAUGGCGUCAGUGUCGUUGGUUUUACCUGCACGAUAGGCUCCAAGACCAUCGUUGGUGUGGUAAAGGAGAAACAACAAGCUCGCGUCGAUUAUCAAGAAGCAAUUUCCCGUGGUGAGACCGCUGGACUCCUCGAACAACUCCCAGAAGCCUCAGAUGUCUUUACAACUUCGAUAGGCAAUGUGCCAGCCAAUGAGAAGAUUUCGGUGGAAAUCAUCUACCUCGGAGAGCUGAAGCACGACGCCGAAACAGACGGAUCACGCUUCACCAUCCCAACCGCAAUAGCACCACGCUAUGGACCCAUGACAAGAGACUCGGCCCAAGUUCUUUCUGGUACUCUUGACACCAAAACUGGAAUCUCCAUCUCUGUCGAUGUUACCCUCGAGGAAGGUUCGAUUGUCCGCGGUCUACAAUCUUCCAGUCAUCCAAUUGCUGUCACCAUGGGACGUACUUCAACGAUGGACGAAGACAGUUUCAGCAAUAACCAUGCCUCUGCCACGUUGACUCUAGGCACUACCGAGCUUGACAAAGAUUUUGUCAUCGUCGUUCUCGCAAAGGGCGCUGAUACUCCUCGAGCACUGCUCGAAACACACCCCACUAUUCCAAACCAACGUGCCCUCAUGGCAACCUUGGUCCCCAAGUUCAACAUCCCAAGCAUAUCUCCUGAGAUUGUCUUUGUCAUCGACAGAAGUGGCAGCAUGGGCGGAAAAAUCGACCUUGUGGUUGCCGCUAUGAAGAUAUUCUUGAAGUCUCUCCCAGUCGGAGUUAAAUUCAAUAUCUGUUCCUUCGGUUCCCAUCACUCUUUCCUUUUCAAGAAGAGCAAGACUUAUGAUCAAUCAAGCUUGAAAGAUGCACUAAAACACCUCGAAUCUUUCGCUGCCAACUAUGGAGGCACGGAGAUGCUUGCCCCUGUAAAGGAGACAGUCAAGAACCGCUUCAACGACUUGCCACUUGAGGUCAUGCUCCUUACUGAUGGCGAAAUUUGGAACCAAGAAGAGCUCUUCAAGUUCGUCAAUACCACCACCAAUGCCCGUUUCUUCACUCUUGGCAUUGGUAGUGGUGCAUCUUCUGCGCUUGUUGAAGGCAUUGCUCGCGCCGGCAAUGGCUUCGCUCAGUUUGUGGGUGAAAAUGAGAAGAUGGAUAAGCGAGUCGUCCGUAUGUUGAAAGGUGCGUUGACACCUCAUGUGACAGACUACAAGCUCGAGGUCGUCUACGAACCAAAAGAAGCUUUUUCGACAGAUGAUGAUUUUGAGAUCAUCGAAUCUGAAAUGCCAGUCAAAUCUCAAUCUCCUGCCAUUUCUACUCCACGAGCAAAGAGCCCAGAAAAGAAAACCAUCUCACUCUUCGACACUAAUGCCACUGAACAGCCCACUAACCCACCAGCCGGUCGGUAUGAUAACCUCCCAGAUAUUCCAGUGCCCAAAGUUCUACAAGCACCAGAUCAAAUUCCAGCAUUGUUCCCCUUCAAUCGAACCACUGUUUAUCUUGUCCUGAGUGCCGAGGCAUCACACCGAGUCCCCAAUUCUGUCAUCCUCCGUGGAACCAGUGAGCAUGGCCCACUUGAAUUGGAAAUUCCUGUUCAAGAUAUUGGAGCUGGUGAGACGAUUCAUCAACUUGCAGCAAAGAAGGCUGUACACGAAUUGGAACAAGGUCGAGGGUGGAUCACAAAGGCACGCAGCCCGCCCGAUGACAAACUCCUGAAAUCAGCACACGAAGGUAAAUGGGAUCUUAUCGUCGAACGUGAGGCUGUGAGAUUGGGUGUACAGUUUCAAGUUGGUGGCAAGUGGUGCUCCUUUGUCGCUGUGGAGGAGACUUCCGCAGACAAGAGUGGCAACCCGCCUGAUUACUCAGAGAAGGAAUUGAAAGAAUCCAUUGUCGACCAAAGUUCGACUCAGAUUCGUAAGUCAACCCUGUCGUCCUCCCUCGUCGGUGCAGCCGUGACAACGGAUCGUCGCCAUGUGUCUUCGUCUCGCCAAUCUCAAGGCGGCAACUUUGGUCUUGUGUGCCACGUCAAUGCACCAGCUAGAACAAUUUCCACCAGUGGGGCUGGUUUAUUUGGUUCUUCCUUGAAUACUACAGCGCCAUCUACCGGAGGUCUUUUCGGCGGCUUCGGUCCCGGUCCGUCAAAUCAGGCACCAUCCACGGGAAGUGUAUUCGGUGGCUUUGGUUUCAGCACCACGAAUCGGGCACCAUCCACAGGAGGUCUAUUUGGAGAUGUCAGCAAUCCUAGCUCCAAUAGCAGUACCUCCAAACAGGGCGUUGGUUUGUUCGGUUCCAGCACUGCGAAUUCGAGCUCCUCCACAGGUAGCCUCUUCGGCAGUAGUGAUCAUCGUACUAUUUUCGGGAGCACCCCCUUCCAUAAGAGCAGUGGAACUUUUGGCUCAGGAGUCGGAAACAACAGACCAUCAGCUCCUCAGAGCGGUUUCGGAUUGUCCCACGGUAAUCUCAAGCUCACUCAACGCGACCUGGAGCGUCUUAAUAUCAUAGAGCCCCCAGACAGCGCACUUCUCGAAGCCUAUUCCACCGAAAUGAACCAAGCUGCCUGUAUGCCUUUACCCUCAGAAGACUCAGACAUGGACACAGACCUGGAAGCCUCUCCUGGAACGGACCUUGCACGUGACACAUCGUUGGCAGAAGAAAUCCAAGCUGACCAGUCUCCUGAUACAGCGUUCCGCGGACAAAAUGCGUUGAAUCUAACCUCAAACCCUGACAAGGCGAUGCGAUCUAUCGCGCUGGGCGCAGCUGUGGACAUGAAACGACGCGCUCAUCCAAAACCCGCCGGUGCAGACUCGACACUUUCUCGCUCGAAUAUGGCAGCAACACAACAACGCUCCAGAAUGGCUCCUUCUGCUGCCGCACCCUCUGCUGCACCCUCUACCGGAGGCUCCAACCAAACAUUGCAAGAUUACCAGAUGGGCUUGAUGAUGCUCGAGCAACAGAACAAGAACCGUCUAUACAUGUCUCGUUCUGCUGCUCCCGGCUCUGCCGCACCUGCCCCAUCCUUCGGAGCUGCUGCUCCCCCACCGCCACCCGCACAAGCAGUACCAUCCCCAAUGGUGAACAUGGACUUUGACAGUUUCGCGCGAACACCUUCAGAAACAGCUGCACCGGCACGCAAAGGAUUCGGCGCCUCCGCCUUCAGUGCGUUUAGCGAGAAGAAAACCAAAUUCUUCGGCGGAGGUGGUAGUAAAGCGAAGAAGGGAAGUCCACCCUCAGCAGAACGCGGCGGAUCCCCUAACUACAGCCCCUCGAGCGAUGCAGCAGAGUUUGACGAAGAAACUUCUGACCCAGCAGUGGAAGCGGCCCUCUCCGCACCCAGCGAUAAGAUGCACGCCCUGAUCGGCCUACAGUCAUUCGACGGCUCGUGGAGCAGCGCUUCAUCAAAGCCUUUCUACCGCCUCAUCGGCAUCGAUGGCUCCAGCGGUAGUGUCUCAGCACUUUCCACCGACGGAGACGUCAACAUGACAGCCCUGGCGAUCGCGUGGUUGAAGAAACACGUCCCUGCCGAAGAAGACGUCUGGGAGAUGGUCGUGGAAAAGGCACUCGGCUGGCUGGAGGCGAAGGUCGGAAAGGACGAGGCCGCGAAGAUUCUGAAAGCGGCGGAAAAUGUUGUUUGA